AUGGACUUCUCUCAGCUCUUCAACUUCCUGCCUCUGAGUCAGGCUGGGGGCAGUGGGGAGGCCUCUGGGGGCUAUCAGCCCAGUGAAGAGGACCAGCCUGACCCAGAGUCACACUUCAUGUCCAUGUGCAGUGCCCCCACCCUGCCCCGCUUCCACCAGGCCUUCCAACUGACCACGCCCCCUCUGAUCCAUCACUCUGACCACGCCCCCUCUGACCCAUCACUCUGA